AUGCUUUAUCACAUAGUAUUCAGGACCACGACUACAAGUCGCAUUCGUCUCACCAUCGCUGAUUUAGAGCCAGCGAUCUUCAGGCAUGCUCCAAAUCCUCCAGCGGACACUUUGGCCUUAGCUGGGUCCUGUUGCUAUCAAGCAUUACUGGCAAGACUUAUAAGCAUGUGGGGAAUAGCCAAUGUCAUGCCAGAUUAUCCAACUGCAGUUCAAGUACACGCUGAGCUUCAUGAGACAGCUAUGAUGCUGUUCCAGGCGGAGGAUGACCCGGACAUUGUACCAUUCAAGGCUGAACUUAAAAAGCUAUGCACAAUCACCCCCAUUGGGCCAGAAUGCUGUUGCGCCAUUGGUACAACUCCACAACCGCUGCGUGCUCAUUUUCUUGGGACUGAUCAGACCGAAACCGCCCUUACAUCUUGGCUUCAGCAACAGGGGUGUGACACUCUUUCAGACCCACUAUUUGUUACAGCUUCCGUACUAUUUGGAUGGGUCAACUCCCACGAUCUUAUGGCUCUCCUUGACAUGAGCCUUAAGGAGGGCGUAAUGCAGAUGCUGCUCCAACAAGAAGAGGAGAGAAAUUGGCCAAAAGAAGCCGCUCGUAGUGAACGAUACCGUACUUGGGUGGAUCCUGUCACAUAUCGUGCAUACAUGAGCACGACAUUUGCGGAAAACAAGCCCCAACACAUCGACAAUAGCGACGGAUUCACCCCGAAAGAGAACAAGACUCCAGACGUCCUCAAGUCCGACAUACAUAUUUUGGGCCUGAAGAAGCAACAAGCACAGGCCGAAGUCAACAUGUUUUCCAAAGCCCUAGCAUGGGUUGCUGAGUUCGAGGGUACUGAUGAUGGCACAUGUUCUGGAAGUACUGUGACGUUUUCUUCUCUUCCAUCUGACACCCUUGCCGAUGAUUGGCUUGAUGAUUGCUUUUCAACCUCAUACACCUCUUCGAAUGCUUCUGUACUCUUGUGA